AUGGAGAAAACAGCGGUAUUUUAUAUAAUUUUGGUUUCCUGUUUAUUUUCCUUAAUUGCGGCCGCUCCCAAACCUCAAACGGACAACGAUGACCCUAAUUUUGAUGUGCUGCCUCAUGUUAUGAAUCAAAAUGUGGAUUAUAAUGCUAUGAUGGGACAUUUUAAGGAUUUCUUUAUGUAUUUGCCCGUUAUGUUUACCACUUUCCGUGAGACCAUGUCUGGUUUUCCAAAAUUAGCCGAGGGCAUACGGAUUUUAACUUCUCCUGGUUUUGAGAAAUCUUAUGAUGAUGAUGACGAUUGCAAGUGUAAAACAAAGUCAAGACAAAAUAGUAAUGAAAUUGAUAAAUCUUCUAGUAUGUAUAGAUAA